GUGCGCUCUACUUUCAUUUUCGCUCUCCCUGCUCAGUAACUUCCCCUGGUGACGUUCACGAGCUGACCGUUCCUUCACGCCGCUCACUCGUGUCGUGGCAGCGCGUUUUAAAAACUUCAUUAAACUAAAACGACACCGCUCGUCCGCAGACGCGACAUGGCUGCUCUGGAUAUUCACCUCGACUCGCAGAAGCAGGUGGAUGAUUUCUGCCAGAAGCUCACCAAAGAGGCAGAAGUGCUGGUUUCAAAGUUUUUCCCUCAGAAGAUUGAAGAGCUGCAGAUGCUGCUGAAGACAUCUUCCAGCUGUGGCGACCUGGCGUCCUUGAGGGCUCCACUGGACAUCCCGAUGCCUGACCCGGCUAAAGAGGAGGCCAAACGCAAGAAGGAGGAGGAGAAGGAGGCGAAGAAGGGGAAGAAAGACAAGGACGACGAUAAAGAGGAGGAAGAUUCAGGCCCUCCCUGUGGUCCCAUCUGCAUCAAUGAGCGUGUGGAGAGUCUUCUGCAGGAGGUGAAGCCUCAGAUCCAGACACUGAAGGAGAAGCUCAACACGGUGUCAAUGUGGAUGCAACUCCAAAUCCCCAAAGUUGAAGAUGGUAACAACUUUGGAGUGGCUGUGCAGGAGAAAGUGUUCGAGCUGCUGACCGCCACACGCACCAAGAUCGAGGGAUUCCAAACUCAGAUUUCAAAAUAUUACAGUGAGAGAGGCGACGCUGUGGCCAAAGCCUCCAAACAACCUCAUGUGGGAGACUACAGGCAGCUGGUUCAUGAGCUGGACCAGUAUCAGUACUGUGAGCUCCGCCUUGUGGUGCUGGACCUCCGCAGCACAUAUGCUGUGCUGUUCGACGUCAUUACCAAGAACUACGACAAGAUUAAGAAGCCCAAAGGAGACGGGAAAGCGCUCAUCUACUGAGGCCUGGCAUCUGCUCAAACGCAGGCUUCAGUGCAAGAUACAGUUAGUCUAGUAUGACACUCUCAUCAAGUAACAUAACACCCACUCUGAUAAAGAAAGUCCUUCCUUUAAGCUCCAUCAAGCAUGCAUUUUGUUUCGCAUUACAAAAUAAAGCAAAUCAAUUC